CGUGUACGUUGACAUGGCAGUUGGCUUGGAGCCCGCUGCUCCUCUCCUCCUCACCUCUUGCCAGCCUUCUUCUCCCCGCUCUCCCCUCCCUCUCCCUCCCUCUCCCUCUCCGCUGUAUGGGACAAUAAGAGCUAGCUAGGGUUAGGGUUAGGGUUAGUGCAUGAAACUUUGGAUUAUUGUUCGGUGAUCUUCUGAAACGUUUGUUUUUUACAGUAAAGGCCGUUUGUUCACAUCCCGAUUCAUUGAGAAGUCUCCUGAAGCUUUCUGUCGUCGGGCGGCCAUUCGAUUUAGCUUUGUUGCUAAUUAUUCCGGAUGUUUUGUGGUGAAUUGAUGCUGUAAAUUGAAGCUUACAGACUUUAUUUUUCCAGUAUAUCCGGAGAAUUAUAGCUGCAUCAUUUGAUACUAAGAACUGUAGUAAUCAACCAAAGUCAGCAACUCCACUUCUGCCAACUUCUAUGGGAGCUAACGAGACUAUUGCGCCUUCCAAAACUGAGAAAUCAUCUUCAGUAAUGCCGGAGCAACCUUCUGUCCGUUCUUUUCCUGAUUGGGGAUCCAUGCAGGCAUACUAUGGCCCGGGAAUUCCAAUCCCUGCUCCUUUUUUUGGUUCUCCAGUUGCUCCUGGCCACGCUCCUUAUCCGUACAUGUGGAGUCCUCAGCCCAUGUUAACACCAUUUGGGGGGCCUUACACAGCAAUCUUUCCUCAUGGAGGAGUUUACCCUCACCCCUCAGCUACCCAUAUUCCAUCUCCUGUGAACCAGGAAGUAUCUGUUAAUCCUUCGACUAAUAAAGAGAAAGGCGCAACCAAAAAGAUUAAAGGGAUCGAUGUGCUUAUAGCGUCCUCUGGUAAUCAGGAAGCUAGUGCAGGCUGCAAUGGAAAUAGAUCAGAGAGCGAUGAGAAUGAAGCUGAAGGUUCAAGUGGUGGAAGUAAUGGGAAUAGCGAAUCAGGGGGAAGUGAGAAGCAAAGGAAUAUAAGCUCUGAAGAUUUACCAAAUUCGGCUGAUGUUCUUCCAACUAUCUCAUUGGGAAUGACCGCAACUCCCGGAGCUGCGGCUCCUAUGCCCAUGGCCAAUCUUACUCCAGGAAUGGAUCCAAGGUCUUCCAGUGCCAGUAAACAGAAGCCAGGGAGUGAACUAAUUUUAUCAUCGACAGCGAUCGAUGAGAGGACAUUGAAGCGGGAGAAGAGGAAACAAUCCAACAGAGAAUCUGCUAGAAGAUCUAGGUUAAGGAAGCAGGCUGAAACGGAAGAACUCGCCAUGAAAGUUGGAAGUCUGAAUGCAGAGAAUGCUACUCUAAGAUCUGAAAUUUCUCGUCUAAAUGAAAGCUCGGACAAACUUCGAAUCGAAAACUCGGUUCUAAUGGAGAAACUGAAGAUGGCUGAAUUAAGAGAGGAAGAGGAAGAGCUUUGCACUGAUAGAGCGUACGACGACGAAGAAGCUCCAUCAAUGGUGAUCGAGAAUCUCCUGUCGAGGAUGGAUGAUUCCAGCAGGAUCGACGAGGAAGAAGAACAACCUCUUGAGAAUUCUAAUGGAAGAUUGCAUCAGCUGCUUGACUCAAAUUCUAGAAAAGAUGCUUUGACUGCAAGCUGACCUUAAUUGUUCAAUAAGAAAAAAACUGGAUCUGGGUAUGAAGACAAACAACUCUUCCUAAAUUUAUUUCUAACUUUUUAACCCAUUUGUAGGUCUCAAUUAAUCAAAGCAGCCAAAGGGACUGAUCAAAUUGGUAUGAUUUUUCUCUUUAAUUAAAUAAAAAAAA